UGUCCGUCCCUUCGCAUUACAAUCUCGGCCUUUCCCUAUGCUCUUCGCUCUUCUUCCUCUUGAAACUCACAAGUUCUCUUCCUAGGGUUUAUACUUUAUACUAAGGGUUUCUCUCCCUCUCUAUCUCUGUAUCCAAAUUACAAAACCCCUCUCUCAUUUCUUCUUCUCCAGAGUGUCCUUCUCUCUAAAACCUAGUGGUUUCGUUCUUCUGCGUCUUCUGGUGUAAUGGAUAGAUACAAGAGAGUCGACAAACCGAAGCCUGAGUCUCCGAUUAACGAGAAUGAGAUCCGUAUCACCAGUCAAGGCCUUAUCCGAAACUACAUCAGUUACGCCACCAGCCUUCUUCAGGAGAAAGGUGUGAAAGACAUUGUGUUGAAGGCUAUGGGGCAGGCAAUCAGCAAGACUGUGGCCAUCUCUGAGAUACUAAAAAAUAAAAUUCCAGGUUUGCAUCAAGAUAUUGCAAUCAGUUCUAUGAGCAUCACUGAUGUCUGGGAGCCUAUGGAGGAGGGUCUUGUACCGGUUGAGUUGACGCGCCAUGUCUCCAUGAUUUCAAUUACAUUGUCUUUGAGUGAGCUGAAUAAAGACUCUCCUGGGUAUCAAGCUCCAGCACAGACAGAUCAGUCUAAGCCUCAAUAUCAGCCACAGCAAGGAAAACAAGCCCGCUUACCGUACAAUGCUUAUGGUGAAGAUUCGUAUGGUCGAGGGAGAGGUCGUGGCAGAGGGAGAGGCAGGGGAAGAGGUGGAUAUGAAAACAACCAAGGGAUUUAUCAAGGCAAAUCCCAAGGGAACUAUCAAGAAGAUUAUCAAGACAUUGAAGGCGGGUAUUCAAACUGGGGCAGAGGCCGUGGACGUGGUGGAAGGAGUUAUGGCUCUCGUGGUGCUGGAUAUCAGGGUGGCAGAGGUGGGUAUAGUGGUGGGAGAGAUGAUGGAUAUGGUGGGGAGAGAAACGACGGUUACAGUGGAGGUAGAAACGACGGUUACAGUGGAGGUAGAAACGACGGUUACAGUGGGGGCAGAAACAACAGUUACGGUGGAGGCAGAAACAACAGUUACGGUGGAGGCAGAAACGACGGUUACGGGGGAGGCAGAAACGACGGUUACGGUGGAGGCAGAAAUGACAGUUACAGUGGAGGCAGAAACGAUGGGUAUGGGGGAAGAAGAGGCGGAUUUCGAGGUGGCCGUGGGGGAGAUAGAGGUGAUGGGUAUGGGGGAGGCAGAGAAGAAGGAUAUGGUGUACGCCAAGGUGGAUAUGAAGGGAGAGGCGGAGGCCGAGGUGAUGGGUAUGGAGGAGGCCGAGGUGAUGGGUAUGGAGGAGGCAGAGGUGAUGGUUACGAGGGAGGCCGAGGUGGUUACCGUGGAGUUAGAGGUGGAUAUGGUCGUGGGCGUGGAAGGAUGGGUAAUGGUGGCCGUUCAAGGGGUGGUGCUAGUAACCAGAACCAAGCCUAAGCUGUUUCGUUUCCCAUUUUGGAAGCUAUAUAUGGGAUAAUUUUGCUGCUUAAUUUUCCGUUACCUAAAAGACCCUUCAAAAUCGUAGCAUAACAUAAUCUACCGGGCACUCCCAAGGGAUAUGAUAUCUUGUUUGUUAAACUAUGUGGAUGACGGUUCUGUAAAAACUCCCUUUGGUGAAUUCCAUAUAAAAAGCCCAGGGGAGUUUAAGGGAAGGGUUUCUUUUUGUUUUCUUCUCUUUAGUUUUUUCUUCUGCACAAAUUUAGCCCAAGUGCAAUAUCAGCUUCUCUUGCUUCUUGUAAUUAAUUAUGGUUUGCUUUUUUCUAGUAUUUGUCCAAAUCUUUCUAUAACGUGUACUGCAGUCUGCAUAUA